AUGACAAUGUUGAUGGUAGUCGUGGUGGAUUAUAUUGUGAUGUCAUAUCUUGUGAAUUUUCAGAAUCUAGUGCAGAAUAGAUAUGUAGGCCGUCGGAAGUUGGUGACAGAGAAAUAUGGAACUUUUCCAAUUGUGUGGGAAGUAUUGACGGAAAACAUAGAUAUUGCUAUUAAAUGCCCUCCUAACAGCGGUUCGAACUAUUUUUGCCAUAAACACUUUUUCUCCAUCGUUUUGCUUGCGAUUGUGGAUCCAUUUUAUAAAUUCAUCACUGUUGAUAUCGGAAACUAUGGACGAUUGAGCGAUAGCGGAAUCUUCGAAAAUUCUAUCUUUUAUCGAGUAUACCUAAAUGGCAAAUCACUGUUACCCCCAAAACCUCUUCCUGGAAAUGAAGACACUACACCUCAAGUGUUAAUCGGAGAUGAAGGUUUUGCUUUGAAAGAAUAUUUAAUGCGGCCUUUUCCUAGAGCAGCGGUAAUACACGACAACAGAAAGAAAACUUUCAACUAUCGACAUUGUCGAGCCAGACGAGUUGUUAAAAACAGUUUUGGUAUUUUGGCGCGAAAAUACCGGAUCUUUCAUAGACCUAUAGAAAGUGAGGUUUAUAUUGUUGAUAUUGUCAAAGACAAUAACUGCAUAAGAGUGAAGGGAGAGUCUUUUUAUUUUGAGCCCAAUGAAACACCCUUGGAAUCAUCGGACAUGUCAAGAGCGUUCACUUCAAUAAGAUCUACAAAUCAGCGAUUUCCAAACGCCGCAUUUGUAGUCCGAGAAAUGUUUGUUACUUAUUUUAAUAAUAAUAUAAUAAAUUACAAAUAG